AUCUGGACGGGCGACGGAGAGGAUGCUUCGUGCGCGCUGUCGUGUUCAAGGAGCGAUUGUCGCAAGGGUAGCGUGACGCGACGGAAUUUUGCGAAGACGGCGAGACGCGAAGGAAACGCGAUAAGAAGGAUAUUCAAGAAGAACGCGAGGAUUAGCGAGAUACGGAAGGAUACAGGGAUAAAUAUCGUCUUCGGAAGAACAGCCGAGGAUUUCAAUAAAGCAAAAGGAUAUCUGAAACAUAUAGACGAACGAGGAAUUUCACGAAGAUAAAGACAAAAGGAUAAUUAUAAGAAUAACGAGACCAAGAAGAAUAAGAAUAAGGAUAAUAAGGAAGAUAAACACACACAGGGAUAAGAUUGUGAAGUGAAGAAAAGUGGAUUUUUGGCAAAUUCCGAAUCGGUGAUUUUUGUAACGAUGCUCGCCCACGUCCACAUAGACGACACGCCCCUCCACGACGCCCACCACAAGGCCCCGCCCCUCCACGACGCCCACCUCAAGGCCCCGCCCCUAAACGACACCCAUCUCAAGGCCACGCCCCUCCACGAUGCCCCCAUGAAGGCCACUCACCUCAAAGCCACGCCCCUUUUCGAAGCCCAGGCGUACCCUAGAAGCGCCAGCCCGAAAAUCGAGCGCAGAGAAGACCUCGUAGUCCACGGGCAUCCAGGUUUGGUCGCGGCGCCGGGAGAAUGGGUACGCGCCCUUGGAAACAUGGAAAUGUUCAUGCAGAUCGGAGGUGAAUACGGGUCUCUGAACACCGUGCAGGCGCUGUGGCUGUCCUCCACGGCGCCCAUCAGGCCUGAGGACGUUAGGGACGCCGUGAAUGCUGUGGCCGAGAAGAACCACGUGCUGCAGCUGUGCGUGGUCUGGCGCGGGGUGCGGGCCUGGUUCCGGCGCAUGGAGCAGCUGGUCGUGGACUUCGCCGUCGAGAGCCAGGACGCCAUGAGCGCUUUCUACGCGCUCCUGCAGAUGAAGUAUAACUUCGCACAGGGCCCUCUGUGGCGAGCUAGGCUGGUUCCGUCGCUGCAGAAGUCUGCGGACGGGCGCCACGAGGCGGUGCUCAUCGUCAGCGCGCACCACUGCAUCACCGACGGCCUCACCAACAUGCUCAUCUGCCGCGACAUCAUGCACGUGCUGAACGCGACCAUGACGGGUGCCAUGUACGACGUCCCGACGCGCACCGUAAUCCCGGCCAUCUCCGACUCGCUGCACGCCCGCACCGACUGGUGGUACUCGCUGAAGUACUUUUGGAAAAAGUUAUACGGCACCUUCAUCCGCGACUACGGCUCCAAGCUCUACUUCCGAGGCAUCCUCCCUCAGCCCAGCACCGACGAGGCCGCCACGAGGAUCCUGCACGAGCAGCUCACCGCGGACAACACCAAGAAGCUGGUGCAGCGCUGCAGGGAGGCCGGCGUGACCGUGCACUCCUGCGUCUCCGCCAUCGCGUACGUGGCCAUGUUCCGCGUGGCCCAGCAGCGCGUCAAGGGCAAGCUGGACGAGGCCGUCGUAAACCUGUCCAACUGCGUCAACAUGAGGCGCUACUUCAACCCCGCCAACAAGGAGUCCCCGGGCUGCCACAUCGCCCUCGAGGAGAAGGAGUUCCUCGUCCGGAGCAGCGACGGCGCGACGAGGGACAACUUCUGGGCGUUCGCGAAGCGCGUGCACGAGCACCUGCACAAUAGCCUGAACGUCGAGCACUACCCCAUCAAGAACUGCUCCGUGUACAUCCCCUUGGCCUUCAUCAUGUGCGCGAACCACGAGCUCACGCGCCGCGCCCGCAAGAACCUCACGGACUGCCACGUCAUCACCACCAACAUGGGCAACCUGCAGCACCUCCUGCCGAGCCACUACGGCGACGGCCCCGUGGAGAUCUCCAGCCUCCUGCGCUCGGUCUCCAGCGAGCUGGUCGGCCACCCGUGCACCCUCACGUUCCACACGUUCCGCGGCAGGUUCAUGAUUUCCCUCGAUUACUUCACCAACAAGAUGACGGACGACGUCGCCAGCCAGUACUUCUCCAACAUGACGGGCUACAUCAACAACCUCAUCGCCGUGGGAGCCAUCGAGCGACAGGUGGCGUAGUUCCACCCGGUUCUAAGACCCUGCUGAAUCUGGGUCGAGAGAGAGGGAUUAUGAAGGCUAUUAUGCGCUUGUGUGUUGGGCAUUUCGUAGACAUUCGGAUAAUAAUAAAAAAGAAAUCGCUUUAAAGUAUAAUAAACAAAUAAGAAUGCCUCACGGUUCUACACGUGAAGCAAACCAUGAAAUUUGUAUAAAGAGUAAUUGUACGUUUUAUGCAGUAUUUCCAAGUGUGGCAUGUGCACACAUAUAGAUGUACACACACACACACACACACACACACACACAUAUAUAUAUACAUGGGUGUGUGUGUGUGUACAAUCAAUAUUGAACAAAUAGAAAAAUGAAGGGAAGAAGAAGAAAACACGAAUAUGCCGAAAGCCUUUUCACUAUACACUUUCUUCAGAGGAAGCAAUAUAGCUAAAAGACCUUCGCAUAUUCGUGUGUUUUCUUGUUCUUGCUGCACUAUUGCUGCAGCUGCGUUCUCUUCACACACACACACACACACACACACACACACACACACACACACACACACACACACACACACACACACACACACACACACACACACACACACACACACACACAUGGGUAUCGUUAAGGAAUCCUUGCCAAAUAAAAAUUUACGAAGAAACCUUUCAGGUGAAUAUGUAUAACAAAAGACAGUAUUUAGUAAUUUAAA